CGGCAUUUUCUUCCAUGAUUCAUGACAAACUACAAGUUCCCAAUACUACCCGGAAAGCAUGGAAUGAGAGAGACAACCGGUGUGACGUGUGUGCCACUCACUUGAAUCAGCUGAAGCAGGAGGCUAUUCAGAUGGUCUUGACACUUGAACAAGCAGCCAAUGCUGAACACUGUGAUGCUUCUCCUGGCUCUCCUCCUCCCCUUCCCAAUAUUCCCACCUUGGUGGGCUCUCGACAUAUGGGCAGUCUGCAACCCAGAGACUGGGCAUACUUGUCUGCUCCUUAUGCUACUUCCAAUUAUGCUGGCUUUCUACCUAACAAACUCAGUGGAAAAGUGAACAACAUAGGAAUCGUUAAUGGGAUAGAGAAGAAAAAUGGUUCCUUGGGACACCAGACAAAGGUCAGUGUACAGAUGGCUACCAGUCCCAGCAAUGGUAACAUCCUGAAUUCUGUGGCUAUCCAGGCUCAUCAGUACCUUGACGGCACCUGGUCCUUGUCAAGAACAAAUGGUAUUACUCUGUAUCCCUAUCAAAUUUCCCAGUUGAUCACUGAGUCUGGCCGAGAAGGACUGACUGAAGCCGUGCUGAACCAUUACAAUGCAGACAAACCUUCCUUGUACAGCUUCCCCAGUUCCCAAAGCACCUGUGUUGCUAGUGAUGCCUCCACAGGCACCUCAGCGGCAGCUUCCUUUUUUGCCAGAUCAAGAGGCAUUGUACAUGCCUUUGUCACCUCACCAUUGCACUACUGCAAUUCACUAUUCAGAAGCUUCAGCUGGUUCACAGAAUGGCAACUCAG